AUGGCCAAGGACCAGAAGACCACCAAGCGUUCCACCCUCGCUGACGUUGUUACCCGCGAGUACACCAUCCACAUGCACAAGCAUGUCUUUGGCAGAUCCUUGAGAAAGCGCACUCCUCAUGCUGUCAAGGCCAUCAAGGCUUUCGCCGAGAAGGCUAUGGGCACCAAGGAUGUCCGCAUCGACCCCGCACUCAACAAGGCUCUCUGGGCUCGUGGUGUUAAGCACAUCGAGCACCGUAUCCGCCUCAGAAUUGCCCGCAAGCGUAACGAUGAGGAGGAUGCCAAGGAUAAGCUUUACUCCUACGUCACCUACGUUCCCGUUGCCAGCUUCAAGGGUCUCGAGACCACUGUUGUUGACGACGAGUAAACUUGCCUUUCUGGCUAUUAAAAAAAAGUAAAGAUGACAAUUCAUCCCUGUGUUUAAUAAAUGAAAUGUCAGUCGCUUUCGUGGCUUUGAUCGAAGAGCAAGAUGAAGAAAUACAAUAUCAUGCGAAAU